AUGGAUCUGUUUAAGUGUAAAUAUGUUCCUCAUGAAAAUGAAGAAGUUAUUGGAUUUUGUUUGAAUGGGGAUUGUUAAAAUACAACUCAAUAUUGUUUUGAAUGUUUAAAUACUAAAGAUUCACCACAUUCAGAACAUUUCAAUGAUUGUAUUAGAUUCACAAAAAUGAUCUAAUUUAUGAAAGAAUUGAUACAAGUGAACAAUCAAUUAAGGAUAUAAUUCAAAGAUGUCUAUAUACAAUUAUAGAACAAUGUUGCAAAAAUUUAAAAACAAUUGGAUCAAGAAAUUAGUACAUUAGAAAAUAUGACUCAACAGCUUUAAAACAAAGAGUAUUUGGCUUGUAAAUCAUAAAUACAUAUAAUAAAACAGUUUUAUUCCAAGGAAAAAGAAAACUGCAAAUGUAUCUUUGUUUAUUCAUAUAUAAUAUUAAUAGAAUAACAAAUAAUACAAUUCAAUAAUAUUCUUGAUACAUUAAAGAAGAUGUUAGCAGACUAAACUAAAAUGGAAGAAUAAAUAGAUUCUGGUUGUCAAAAGGAUACUAUAGUUAAUUAAUAGAGUGAAGAUCAAAAAAACUAGUUGAAUUUUGAAGAUGCUCAAAGAUUAUUAAAUCAAGGUAUAUUAAUUUGAUUUAUAAUAGGUGUGGAAUUAAAUAAUCUAAAUAAGUAUGAGGAAGCAAUUGAGUGUUACGAUAAAGCUAUUCCCAUAAAUCCUAAAGAUGAUUUGGCAUGGUACAAUAAGGGUAAGUAAUGUGACACAUUAUUAUUGUUUAGGCAUUUCAUUAGAUGAUCUAUAAAAAUAUUAGGAAGCAAUUGAGUGUUACGAUAAAGCUAUUUCCAUAAAUCCUAAAUUGGAUUUAGCAUGGAACAAUAAGGGUAAGUAAUGUGACACAUUAUUAUUGUUUAGGCAUUUCAUUAAAUAAUCUAAAUAAGUAUGAGGAAGCAAUUGAGUGUUACGAUAAAGCUAUUUCCAUAAAUCCUAAAUUGGAUUUAGCAUGGAACAAUAAGGGUAAGUAAUGUGACACAUUAUUAUUGUUUAGGCAUUUCAUUAAAUAAUCUAAAUAAGUAUGAGGAAGCAAUUGAGUGUUACGAUAAAGCUAUUUCCAUAAAUCCUAAAUUGGAUUUAGCAUGGAACAAUAAGGGUAAGUAAUGUGACACAUUAUUAUUGUUUAGGCAUUUCAUUAAAUAAUCUAAAUAAGUAUGAGGAAGCAAUUGAGUGUUACGAUAAAGCUAUUUCCAUAAAUCCUAAAUUGGAUUUAGCAUGGAACAAUAAGGGUAAGUAAUGUGACACAUUAUUAUUGUUUAGGCAUUUCAUUAAAUAAUCUAAAUAAGUAUGAGGAAGCAAUUGAGUGUUACGAUAAAGCUAUUUCCAUAAAUCCUAAAUUGGAUUUAGCAUGGAACAAUAAGGGUAAGUAAUGUGACACAUUAUUAUUGUUUAGGCAUUUCAUUAAAUAAUCUAAAUAAGUAUGAGGAAGCAAUUGAGUGUUACGAUAAAGCUAUUUCCAUAAAUCCUAAAUUGGAUUUAGCAUGGAACAAUAAGGGUAAGUAAUGUGACACAUUAUUAUUGUUUAGGCAUUUCAUUAAAUAAUCUAAAUAAGUAUGAGGAAGCAAUUGAGUGUUACGAUAAAGCUAUUUCCAUAAAUCCUAAAUUGGAUUUAGCAUGGAACAAUAAGGGUAAGUAAUGUGACACAUUAUUAUUGUUUAGGCAUUUCAUUAAAUAAUCUAAAUAAGUAUUAGGAAGCAAUUGAGUGUUACGAUAAAGCUAUUUCCAUAAAUCCUAAAUUGGAUUUAGCAUGGAACAAUAAGGGUAAGUAAUGUGACACAUUAUUAUUGUUUAGGCAAUUAAUUAAAUAAUCUAAAUAAGUAUGAGGAAGCAAUUGAGUGUUACGAUAAAGCUAUUCCCAUAAAUCCUAAAGAUGAUUUGGCAUGGUACAAUAAGGGUAAGUAAUGUGACACAUUAUUAUUGUUUAGGCAUUUCAUUAGAUGAUCUAUAAAAAUAUUAGGAAGCAAUUGAGUGUUACGAUAAAGCUAUUUCCAUAAAUCCUAAAUUGGAUUUAGCAUGGAACAAUAAGGGUAAGUAAUGUGACACAUUAUUAUUGUUUAGGCAUUUCAUUAGAUGAUCUAUAAAAAUAUUAGGAAGCAAUUGAGUGUUACGAUAAAGCUAUUUCCAUAAAUCCUAAAUUGGAUUUAGCAUGGAACAAUAAGGGUAAGUAAUGUGACACAUUAUUAUUGUUUAGGCAUUUCAUUAGAUGAUCUAUAAAAAUAUUAGGAAGCAAUUGAGUGUUACGAUAAAGCUAUUUCCAUAAAUCCUAAAUUGGAUUUAGCAUGGAACAAUAAGGGUAAGUAAUGUGACACAUUAUUAUUGUUUAGGCAUUUCAUUAGAUGAUCUAUAAAAAUAUUAGGAAGCAAUUGAGUGUUACGAUAAAGCUAUUUCCAUAAAUCCUAAAUUGGAUUUAGCAUGGAACAAUAAGGGUAAGUAAUGUGACACAUUAUUAUUGUUUAGGCAUUUCAUUAGAUGAUCUAUAAAAAUAUUAGGAAGCAAUUGAGUGUUACGAUAAAGCUAUUUCCAUAAAUCCUAAAUUGGAUUUAGCAUGGAACAAUAAGGGUAAGUAAUGUGACACAUUAUUAUUGUUUAGGCAUUUCAUUAGAUGAUCUAUAAAAAUAUUAGGAAGCAAUUGAGUGUUACGAUAAAGCUAUUUCCAUAAAUCCUAAAUUGGAUUUAGCAUGGAACAAUAAGGGUAAGUAAUGUGACACAUUAUUUUUUUUUAGGCUCUGCAUUAGAUGAUCUAUAAAAAUAUUAGGAAGCAAUUGAGUGUUACGAUAAAGCUAUUUCCAUAAAUCCUAAAUUGGAUUUAGCAUGGAGUAAUAAAGGUAAACCAUUUUAUAAUUUAGGCUUGGCAUUACAUAAAUUAAAGAAAUAUAAGGAUGCGAUUCAAUGCUAUAAUUAAGCUCUUUCUAUUUGCAUUAAUCCUGUAAGACUAUAAAGAAAAGGUAAACCUUUUUAAAUUAAAUAUUUAUAUAGCUGAUUCAUUAUUUGAAUUGCAGUAGAAAGAAGAAGCUAAACAAUUUUAUUUGGAUGCUCUACGCCAAGGAUCAAAUAAUAAGGAUUACAUAAAUGGAUAACUCGCCAAAUUAUGA